UUGAGCUAGAGGGAAGGGGCAAACUUGAGACUUGGGAAGGACUGACUUGUACUAAGAGAUCUGUGAGCUUUUUAAAGAAACCAGGAGAUCCCUGUGAGGUGUGUGUGUUGGGGGCGUGUAUGUGUUAGUGGGAAAGCUGUAAGAACUUUGUUAAAGGCAUUACUUUCCCAAAAGUGACUCAUCCACAGCUGCCAGUGUCUCAGCAGGUGUUUUUAUUCACAGGAGGAAUGCUGAAACAUUGCCUCACGUUUGGCCGUUCCCUUUUGAGGAGGAAAAAUGUGGACUGUCUUGAAGAGUCCAAGCUGUGCCGUUGCCUCUCCACUGUUGAUCUCAUUGCCCUCGGGGUGGGAAGUACACUUGGGGCCGGUGUCUAUGUGCUCGCUGGGGAGGUUGCUAAGGGCAAUUCUGGCCCCAGCAUUGUGGUGUCCUUCCUUAUAGCUGCAUUAGCAUCUGUCAUGGCCGGUCUUUGCUAUGCCGAGUUUGGUGCGCGAGUACCAAAGACAGGCUCGGCCUAUCUGUACAGUUAUGUGACAGUGGGGGAGCUCUGGGCAUUCAUUACUGGAUGGAACCUCAUUCUGUCAUAUGUAAUAGGGACAUCUAGUGUGGCACGGGCCUGGAGUGGGACUUUUGAUGAGCUCAUAGGGGGUCACAUUGAGAUGUUCUGCAAAAUGUACUUCAAAAUGAGCUUGCCUGGCCUAGCAGAGUACCCUGAUUUCUUUGCAGUUUGCCUCAUCUUACUUUUGUCAGGUCUUCUGUCCUUCGGGGUGAAAGAGUCAGCUUGGGUCAACAAAAUCUUCACAGCUGUAAACGUGCUUGUGCUUAUGUUUGUUAUUAUAUCUGGUUUCGUAAAAGGAGACUCACUCAAUUGGAAUCUGUCAGAAGAAUCUCUAAUAAAUGCCACAAUUGUCACAAGGAACCUCUCACACACGGCUAAUGUUACCAGUGAUUAUGGUGCUGGAGGCUUUUUGCCUUAUGGCUUUAGCGGGACACUGGCUGGGGCAGCCACAUGCUUUUAUGCCUUUGUGGGAUUUGACUGCAUUGCAACCACAGGUGAGGAGGUGAAGAACCCUCAGAGGGCCAUUCCCAUUGGUAUAGUCGUCUCCCUGCUGGUCUGCUUCCUUGCCUACUUUGGAGUGUCUGCGGCCCUCACACUUAUGAUGCCUUAUUACCUGUUGGAUGAGAAGAGUCCCCUGCCUAUGGCUUUUGAAUAUGUGGGCUGGGGACCGGCGAAAUAUGUAGUGGCUGCAGGAUCGCUUUGUGCUCUAUCAACCAGUCUGCUGGGCUCCAUUUUCCCAAUGCCACGUGUAAUCUAUGCUAUGGCACAGGAUGGGGUGCUUUUCAAAGUGUUAGCCCAAAUCAAUCCUAAGACGAAGACCCCACUUAUUGCCACAAUGUCUUCCGGUGUAGUUGCAGCUAUCAUGGCUUUCCUGUUUGACUUGAAAGCGUUGGUGGACAUGAUGUCUAUUGGAACCUUGCUGGCAUACUCCUUAGUAGCUGCAUGUGUACUUAUCCUCAGAUACCAGCCGGAUGCUGCAUUUGAGAGGUGUAGGAUCAGUGAAGGGAAGGAAGAGGCAGGUGAAUCUGAACUGACGGAGUCUGAGUCUCACCUCAACAUGCUAAAGGAUAGAGGUGUAACCCUACGCUCUCUCCUCAACCCUCCUUUGCUGCCCACUGAACAGACAUCAGGGGCUGUCAAUGUGUCUGUUAUUAUCAUAGUUCUUGUUGUGUGUGUUGUAAGCACGCUCAACACAUACUAUGGACAAGCUAUUGUUGCCAUGGAGCCAUGGGCCCUGGGGGUUUUAGCAUCAUCCUUGUUCAUCUUUAUUACGUGCAUAUUUUUGGUGUGCAGACAACCUCAGACGAGGAAGAAAGUUUCAUUUAUGGUUCCUCUGUUGCCUUAUCUACCCAUUUUGAGUAUAUUUGCCAAUGUGUAUCUCAUGGUUCAGCUUAGCGGAGACACAUGGAUCCGUUUCUCCAUCUGGAUGGCAAUAGGUUUCCUCAUCUAUUUUGGAUAUGGGAUCUGGCAUAGUGCUGAACGCAAGAGGCAUCUACAGAACUGUGUUGGUGUGAUGGAGAAAAAGAAGCUGACUGUAAAUGAAGGCACUGUGGAGUAUUUGAUUAACACGGAGAAGACUAGCCCAUGUUAAAAUAUGGCAGACAUGGUCUCACAGUAACUGGCUGUUCUCCACAGCAUUCACCAACUGGCUUAAAGAUCGAGCUCUGUGUAUUCUGCCUUACAGUCACUGCCAUCAUGAACAAUGUUUUAUCACUGUAUCGCUCUCACAUGUGCUGUGAUCAGAUCAUGUAAUAUGACAUCAGGGGUGUAAAUGAAUUGAUGCGCACUGAUCUGAAAAUGAUCAUCGAUCUGACAAUGAAAAUAUAACGCAUUAUAGAUUUAGUUAAUUAAUUUGCUAAUUGCUAAUAAUGACAUCACAUUACAAUUUAAUAUGCAUUAAUUUCUUAUCAAAAUAAAUGUUUUGACCACUACAGGGUGAACUGUCCCAUAAUUUAGCAUAUACUUGAAAAUAAUUACAAAAUGUAUCAAAACAAUAACAUUGAACCAAUCCAAACUGUGACCAAAUUUCAGAUUCUUCUUCUUAGAAAUUUAGCAGUACAUUGCAUUAUUUAAUAAACAAUCAGUAUUACAUUUAAUUCAAUGGGCAAUUUGCAUUGAAAUGUGUUUGGAGGAGAAAGGGAAAACAUAUUCACAAAACAUACUUGAUUGUCUAAUGAGUAAAAGUAUUAAGACUUCCACAGAAAGGUUUACGUCUACUGUUAGUUAGUUAAAUAAUAAUACUAAUAAUAAAGACAAAAAAAAAAAAGAAAAGUCAAUUAACCAAAUAACUGUGAAACAUUGAUUCGAUUUUUGGGAAAAGCUAUGCAGUGCAGAUAUUGGUGAAUGCCCAUCAUCACAGAAUAGCUAAGUCCUUUAUUGUUUUUUUUAAAUCACCUCAAGUGUUUACUUCUCAGUUAUAUAAUUAAUUCAAUUGACUAGAUCUUAUUUUAAGUGCCAGAGAUAUUAAGUUGCUCAUGUAAGGCUACUUGUAACUUGUAUUCUGAUUAUACUGCAUUUGUCUUCACUCUAUAACUCUACAUAUUACAUGUGUUUCUGAAUUUCUGACAGGCAUAUACUGUAAUGUUCAGAGUUCAUAGGUCAACCUGUUUUACUCAACCGAAAGGUCUGAUUAUCUUGAUGAGGAAGAAGAUAUGUAAUGAAUGUUUUAAAAAGUCAUGUUGUAAAAUUAUCCAUUGCUCACUUUGUUUUCUUUUAAGAAUCUUUUUUUUUUUUUACUCUUCAAUUAGCUACUUUUUUAGGAACUUAUUUGAUAAACAAUUUGAACCAUCAACAAGUUUGUGCACAUGGUUUUACAUCUUCAAAAGUUUGAAAAUGUUGGCUUGCACUCCGGUAUUCUGUUAUCAUCUCAGUCUAUACACUACAUGGUUCAAUGUUGUCAACAGCAAUUUUUUUGAUGCACUAGUGAUGCUAGAAGACAGAGGUGGUCUAACUUGAACCUGGUCAUUUGAAAAAGUUUCUUCAGUCUACAAGUUCUGAAGUGUUUACUUGCUCAAAACGCUCAGAGUCGUAAAUUGCAGUGCAAUUGAAUAAUGGAAUGCAGGAUCUUUGGAUUUGUGCACAUUUUCAAAGUUUGUUUUGUGUCAUUAAGAAAAUGUACAUCAAUUAUUAUAUUACAGGGGUCUGGUGCAUUUCAAGGAUUAUGCCAUUUUUAUAAAUUGGUUGCAUACAAACCAAUAAAAGUUUUCUCAC